AUGUCUUAUUAUCCCGGACAGCAACACCACGGUGGUGGCUACGGCGCACCACCGCCACAGAACGGCUAUGGUGCCCCGCCCCCGCAAGGAUAUCCCCCUCAGCAAAACUAUGGGCCGCCGCCUCCGCAGCAAUACGGCUACCAGAACCAACCAGGACCCUACAAUAACUAUGGCCAACCUACUCCACCGCCACAACAGUACGGGUACAACCAGGGACCACCACCACAGCAGUACGGCAACUAUGGCCCUCCGCCUCCGCAGCAGGGUCCUCCUCCUCCUCAAGGCAUGAUGCCCACUGCUACCAACAACCAAUGGACACAAGGAAACCACAAUGGCCCUCCACCUCCACCCACCGGCGCACAGAACUUUGGCCAUGGCGCACCCAACGGCUAUUCAUUUCAAUACUCGGCGUGUAACGGACGGCGGAAGGCGCUCCUCAUUGGUAUCAACUACUUUGGUCAAAGGGGAGAGCUUCGGGGAUGCAUCAACGAUGUGAAGAACAUGAGCAAAUACCUCAACGAGUUCUUCGGCUACAAGAGAGAGGAUAUGGUUACCUUGACAGAUGACCAGCAAAACCCGAUGAGCCAGCCUACAAAGGCGAACAUCCUACGAGCAAUGCACUGGCUGGUCAAAGAUGCGCGGCCAAACGACUCAUUGUUCUUCCACUACUCAGUAGGACAUGGUGGUCAAACUAAAGACCUCGACGGAGACGAGGACGACGGCUACGAUGAAGUAAUUUAUCCCGUCGACUUCCGCACUGCCGGCCACAUUGUCGACGACGAAAUGCAUCGCAUCAUGGUCUCUCCUCUACAACCAGGUGUGCGCCUAACCGCCAUCUUCGACUCGUGCCACUCGGGCUCCGCGCUCGACCUACCAUACCUCUACUCCACCCAGGGUGUACUCAAGGAACCAAACCUGGCCAAGGAAGCUGGCCAGGGAUUGUUGGGUAUUAUAUCAAGCUACGGUCGUGGCGAUAUUGGUGGUAUGAUUGGCACCGCGACUGGUCUGUUUAAGAAGGCGGUCAGCGGCGACGAUGUCUACAAGAAGAACCUAAGGACAAAGACUAGCCCUGCAGAUGUCAUCAUGUGGAGUGGAUCCAAAGACACGCAAACCUCUGCCGACGCAAGUAUUGGUGGUGAGGCCACAGGCGCCAUGUCAUGGGCCUUCAUCUCUGCACUGCGCAAGAACCCCAACCAGAGCUAUGUACAGCUACUCAACAGCAUCCGCGAUGAGCUCCAAGGAAAAUACCAACAGAAGCCUCAGUUGAGCUGCAGUCAUCCACUGAACACUAACUUGCUGUACACCAUGUAAACAACCAUGCUUGUUUCUUGGGACAAAGAGAUGAAAGAGGAAUAAAGAACCAAGGUACUUGUAAAUGCUCCAUGGUGCGCGCGUGCUCUUUGAAUAUCAUGAUGACAUGACGGGAAUUACAAAACGGGAUGCCGGGGGCCAGGCUGUUCUUGUUUUAUAACUAGGGGUGGGCUUUGCGGUGAUCAACCUACUCAGCUACUAUGACGGCGUUCAUGUUUUCCCCAACGGUUCAAGUGGGAUGGGAUUCUUUUGGAACGGGAAGAAACUCAAUCAUCAUUCGUUAUUAUUGUCUCUGAGAGGAAGGGGUAUCGAACGUUCUGUCUA